AUGGCCCGAGGACUCUCUUCCGAACAACAAACAUCCGUCUCUAGCUUGUCAACCAACCCGCUCGUCUCCGUCCUCAACACACCUGCCACCUCCAGCUCGCCGUCGCCAGAACCAUCCUCCACCAUGGUUGGCCGCAAGAACAACAUGCGCCGCAGCCCCCAGGCCGAGAUCCCCAUGCCCGUCACCUACACACCCACCACCCACCGCGUCAGCAAGGCCAAGAAGGGCAAGCGCGUCCACGCUUGCGAGUUUCCUGGGUGCAACAAGGUCUUCACCCGCGCCGAGCACCGCAGACGCCAUGAACUGAACCACAAUCCCGAAGCCACCUACCGGUGCACCCAGGCCGGGUGCAAGAAAGCCUUCCACCGGCCGGAUCUGCUGGCGCGUCAUAUGGAGCGACAUGAGCUCGAGGCGCAAACCGAACAGGCCCAGUGGACACCGCAGACUCAGGCCACCUCCGUCGGCGAGCCCGUGCCGCGCUGCAUGUCAAUGGAUUCUGGCUCUUUGAUGGCCGGAAACCCCCAGUCCUCGCAUUCCAUGUCUAUCGGCUCGAUCGUCGCUCCCGGAGUACACCCCGAUCUGGCGGGGGACUGCGGAAUGGUCUGGAAUAACAUGGAGCUGCCACUGCAGCAACGACCAACCGCCAACAUGUUCCAAAACCAUAUCCCCGAGACCGCCGACGACAGUCCUUUCUACUCUUCGCCCGCCGAGACCUGCCCUUCGCCUCUGUCAGAUGCGACCUUCUCUCUUCCUCCCCACUCCAGUUCCUCCAUCUCCUCCGCCUCCGUCAGUGUGAUCGAUCAGUACCCGAAGGGCAUUCUCAAGACUGAGGUGACUUCCUCCCCGCUCCAGAUGGCCUCUCCACUGCGGUGGGAGGGUACCGAGACGGGCAUACCGCCAUCGCAUUUGGUGCCUAUCUCCCUCGAGGAGAACCUGAUCCAACCUCCGGUCCAAUGCCACUACCCCUCCCCUUCCUGGUCCAGCGCGGACUGCCUCCCAUACGACGACCCCCAGUCUCUGGCCCACUUCCAACCAAUGGGCUGGAAGCAGUGGGCGCUGUGA